AAGAUUCCGGAAGUGAUCCUCUUUUAACCAGGGUAGCUUGACUGGCUAUGUCGCGUAUAAUUCAAAUAAUUUCUUUUUUUUUUUUUAAAGAUUUAUAUACGUCUCGGACUCUACUCUUCUGUCUCCGUGAGGAUUUCUGAUCUACGUGUUUGUUUUGAGCCGCUGGAAUCAUUUCUGCUUCACGUUCUUUGUUCAGUGAGUGUUUUAUCCCGUUAGCUUGCUAACUGUUAGCCUCAGAUGCUGACUUUUACCCGCCGUGGAGCUAAAGAAGCUAACGUGAAAAGAGGUGAUCGGUAGCUCCGAUGUGGAAGCUUUUAAUGUAUGUAGUUAUUGGUGCUGAGAGACGAGUACUCCCCCGGAGGGAGGGAGACCGGAUCCUACCUGGACUUUGACCAGGUGUUUCACCUGAGGACACUUUCUCUGAUGUCUAGCAUCACUUCAGGCCUGCAACAGGUUUUGUUUAUACUUUAUUAUGUUGUAUUCUGUAUGACUGUGUUGAUUAACAGUGAGUUUAAUGCAAAUUCUGAUGAUGUGACUUUAAAAUCAGAAUCAUAAAAGAAACAGAUUUUAACAAAUUGAUAUAAAUUUGUUUACAAACAGGAACMUUUAAAAAGCACUAUAGCAGGACUGUAAUAAAAAACAAUCAAUUGAAUGUUGUUGUGUGGACAGUUGUUCUUUUGGCUGCUUUCUUCUGCAGGACACCAAACAUCCUUCCUGAUGCAACCUGGACUCGAACCUGCAGCCUCAUGUUUAUGAGACAGCGGCACUGACCACUGAGGUACUGCAGCCCAAGGCAAGUGGACCAUUUAUCCACAAUCCUAAGAAUUAAUGUGUUGCUCUCUGAGUAAUGUUGUGAAAUAUGUUUCCUUUAUAUGUGUGUGCGCGUCUUUUAUAAAAAAAAAAAGAACAAUUAGCUGACGACUAAAAUCUGACACAUUUGCUUGCCUUGUCAAUGCUAAUUAAUGUGAAUUAUCCCAGUUGUAAACAAAUUUAUUUAAAGAACUGAAAAAAACGCAAAGAGUGGGUUUGAUAAGGAGAACGAUGAACGAGUGGUACAAUUUACUAAACUCAGUAUUUAACAGCAACCAUUUUUUAUUUUACCGAGACAGAAGGUUUCAAACUGACACAUGUUACUAUGAUGGAAAGGAAAUUAUGUAAUUUUGUUUACAAGUUUCAACAUUUAAGUUGCGAUUUCAACUCUUAAUUUCAAUUUUAGCUGCUUUAAUUUCAGUUCUUAACAUUAAAUACUUAAUUUGAGUUUGAUGUUUUUCUGUACAUGGUCAGAUAAAAUUAACAAACAAACAAAUAAAAAGGUUCAAAUGGAAUUAUGCACAUCUUUUUGUARUUUAGUAAGUAAUGUUACUUGUAUAGCCUUUUUUGUGCUUCACAAUAAAACUUCAUAAUAAACCACAACAGAGCAUAUACAAAAACAUUUUAAAAUGAUAAAAACAUUCAGAAGACAACAUGAAAACUCAUACAAACAUGUUAAAACUCUGCUUAUAAGCUUUAGGCUGCUUUUUUUUUUUAAAAAGUCACUGAAUCCACAGCUCGUACAGAUUGCAGAAAAUGUGUUCCAAAAUGUCGGAGCUACAACCUGAAACACUCUGUCCCCACGUGUCUUUAGUCGGGAUCGAGUAGCUGAUUGGACUUACUGGAUCUGCGUGAGGGUUCAGAUGUGUGAAGUACAUCUGCUAUGUAAGAGGGAGUCUGGCCGUGCAACGCUCUGUAGGUGAUGGUGAGAAUUUUAAACUGAACCUUGAACUCCACAGGAAGCUAAUGGAGUGACUGGAACAGAGGAGUGAUUGGACAGUAUCUGUGAGCAGUGAAGCUGCAGCAUUUUAAACAGCCGCAAACAAAGAGUGUUACGGUAUUCAACCUGAGAGGAAAUGAAAGCACGAACAAACAUCUCCAGCUCUGCAACUGAAAGAACAGAUGUCAACCUGCUGAUGUUUCUUAAAUGAAACAAACAGGAUCUAGAUUUACCAGGUUAAAAGUGCAUUCAUGACUUUUAAAAACAACAAUAAUAAUAAUAAUAAUAAUAAUACAAAUACAUAGAAAACAUAUAUAUUCGGGUUCAGGAGCAAAGUGGAGAUCACUUUCUUUGGUUUAGUUUUCUCAGAACUGUGAUGUUUUUUUUUCUUCUGCCUUUUAAUGUCAGACCUACAAGCACAUCUGAGGAGGAACUGCGAGCAGGAGAAUCGAAAGUGGAUCGAGGACAAAUAAAAAGAUGAACCUUCAACCAGACGAACCCAGAUGGUUUGGUUUGCUGUCUCCAAUUCCUCCAGCCUCCACAUCAGACCUGGAGCAGACGGAAGACAGGAAAGAUUGUUUUCUCGUGUGUCGGUGAUUAAAGAAGAAGAUUCUCCUGAGUGGAGCUCCAGUCUGGACCAGCAGACCCCAGAGCUGCUCCACAUAAAGAAGGAGGAGGAGGAGCUGUGGAGCAGUCAGGAGRAGGAGCAGGAGGGGAUGGGCGUCGGCAGCUUACCCUUCACUGUUGUUACAGUGAAGAGCGAAGACGAUGAAGAGGAACCUCACGUGUCUCAUCUUCAUCAGGUCAAAACUGAAGACUGCGGAGAGGCAGAACCUCCAACCUGCAGCUCAGCUCAGCAGAUGAAAACAGAAAGUGACGGAGAGGACUGUGGAGGACCGGAACCAGAUUCAAAACAUUACCCUCAGCUAAAAACUGAAGAAAAGGCUUCAGCUUCCUGUGAGACUGAAGUCAGUGAUGAGACGGAUAAUGAUGAUGACUGGCAUGGACCCAGAGCACCUCAGUCAGGGUUAGAGGAUGAAACAAACCGUCAAACACACCUGCAAGCGGACAUGACAAGUGACUCAGACGGAAAACCAUUUUCCUGUGAUGAUUGUGGCAGAAGUUUCAGCAUAAAAGGAACUCUCAAACGGCACAUGAUGGUCCACUUCACAGAAAAACCCUUUCAAUGCAACGUUUGUGAUAAAAAGUUUAAACAUCAGAGGAGCUUUGAAAGACAUGCAGACAUCCACACAAGAGAGAAGCAGUUUGUUUGUAACGUUUGUAACAAAGGAUUUUCACGUCCAACAGUUCUGAGAAAACACAUGGGCGUGCACACAGAAGAGAGACCGUUUGGUUGUUAUGCUUGCGGUAGAAAAUUUAAAUCAAACGUGACACUUGAGCUUCACAUYAGAGUUCACACAGGAGAGCAGCCAUUUCUUUGUGAUCAUUGCGGCAGAAGAUUCUCUCGWAAGUGUUAUCUUCAUAAACACAUGAAAAUUCACUCAGAAGAGAGGCCGUUUUCCUGUAAUGACUGUGGCAAAGUUUUUACUAUAAAAGCAAAGCUGAAGAAACACAUGGGCGUCCACUCGACGSUAAAACGAUUUCAUUGCAGCAAAUGUGAAAAAAGCUUCAAAUACAAGAACAAUCUUAAAGAACACAUGCACGUCCACUCAGGAGAGAAACCGUUUGUUUGUAGUGUUUGUAGCAAAGAUUUUUCACAACUAAAAGUUCUAAAGAAACACAUGUGUGUUCACAUAGAAGACAGACCAUUUGGUUGUGAUGUCUGCGGUAAAACAUUCAAACAUAAAUGUAACCUUAAAGUACAUAAACUGAUUCAUGCAGGACACAGACCACAUCGCUGUGACGUGUGUGAGAAAGGAUUUUUGACCAAAGGUCAACUGAGGGUACAUCUGAAGAUGCACAUUCAUGAUUAUAAYUAUAAGCGGAGUUUAAAAACACUCGCAAUUAUUGAAUCAGGAGAAAAAAACACUGCACUGCAGCAGUUGUGAAAUAAAAUAUUUAAACACCA